AUGUCUAAAAAACCCCUGGUGUAUCCCGCCAUGUUAUCUCGUGUGGCUCGCGUGUUCAGAGAAUCUAUUUUCUUGACCAUCAACACCAAAGAUGGGUUGGAAUACCACGACACAUUCACCGGGAAGAUGGCCGUGGAUAUCAUCUGUCGAAUCAUCAGGACUAAUGAUAGAAACUUGGCCUUGUUGCUUGGACGGUCCUUGGACUCUCAAAAAUUCUUUCAUGAUGUCACUUAUCAGCACCGUUUAAGAGAUUCCAUUCACGAAGUGUAUGCGUUCAAUCACAUAUACUCGGAUUCUCCUAUCUCCGGUACCGGGGUCAAUGGUGUGUUUACUAUUUUGACAGACUGCUACUCGCCAACAUGUUCCAGAAACCUGUUGUGUUACAGUAUUGCUUGUCCUCGAAGGCUUGAGCAGCAAGCAAGGUUGAAUAUGAAACCGCAAGGUGGUCUUCAAAGAGCUGUUUCCAGAUUAUCGCUCCAUGACCAAGAUGAAACCAAGUCUUUGUGGCAUGAAACCGUUCCUAAGUCGGUGUUGGAUAAGUUGGACAAGCUUGAGAAGAUGAGACAAGAGUUGAUUUACGAGUUCAUUUACACAGAAAGGGAUUAUGUUAAGGACUUAGAGUUCAUGACUGACUUCUACAUCAUGCCAUUGAGAAAUCCCUCCAAUAAUAUUAUCCCUGAAAGAGAACGUGAAGUAUUUAUCCGGACUGUGUUUGGAGGUGUGAGCGAUUUGUUGAGAUUGGCCAAGAGCAUAAGUGAAGCUUUGACACGAAGACAACAGCAGCAAAAGCCAGUGAUUCAGACCAUCGCUGAUGUGUUCUUGCAGUUUGUUGAUAAGUUUGAGCCUUUUAUUCAAUACAGUGGAAAUAAGGUGUUUGCCAGUUUUGAACAUGAAAGACAGCAGCAAGUUAAUAUGAGAUAUGCAAGCUUUUUGGAUGCCAUUGAAAAACGGCCUGAAAGUAGAAAGCAGGAUUUAUCUUCUUUCUUAAUCAAAGGUAUUCAAAGACCCGCUAGGUAUCAGUUGUUAUUGGGUGGGAUUUUGAAAAACACCCAGCCUGACUCUCCCGAUUACCCAGAUUUACUCAAAGCCAAAGAAGAAAUCGAGAAGAUUUUGGGCAAGAUUAAUAUUCAGACUGGUGAGUCCACCGAUCGUCAUAAGAUCAUGGUUUUGCAUAGGCUUUUGGGUAAGCAGACUUUGGAAGAUAAGUAUAACUUCAAGUUAUCCUAUAACAACAGAAUCAUUUACCAAGUCACUUUGAACAGAAAAAGAGAUAAUGAAAAAAUUGAUUUGUACUUGUUUGAACAUGCUUUAUUGUUGGUGAAGCACAAGAUCCAGAAUAAGAGAGAACAAUACAAGGUUUUCGAGAAGCCUAUCUACUUGCCUUUGUUAUUUGUUAACAGUGGAUAUGACAUUCCCACCUUCCGGACGGUGAUUAACUCACGGAUCAAUGGCUCGAUCAUGAGCGAAUCAAAGGCCAAGGUUGAUUCGAUUAACACCAAAUUACAAAUCAAUUUCAUGGGGUUGGGAAGUCAACAAGUACAUACGACAUUGAAUGCUGAUGAUGUGGCCAAUCAAAACCAAGUAUUGUCCCAAAUCAGCUCACAGCAAAAGAAAAUAAUGGCAAAGUAUGAUAUCUUCUCGUUAUCUAAAUACGAAACAAGAAGGUUUACUGGUAAUAACAAAAUCAACUGUGCAGUUCCGUGCUAUGGGGGUAAAAAGCUUCUUUACGGUACAGAUUCAGGUGUUUGGGUUUCAACGGUAAGAACCAUUAGCAUCACCAACAAUGAAAAGAUUUGCUCGGAUCCAACUUUGGUAAUUUCGAAGGAAUACGUGACCCAAAUUGAAGUGUUGGUAGAAUAUUCCAAGCUUUUGGUAUUGUCUGACAAAUCAUUAUUCGAGUUUGAUUUAAGCUGUACCGAUUCGUUGGAUCAUGCCAAAAACACCCGUUCAGGACGGUUGAUUUUGUCUCAUGUAAGUUCCUUUAAAACGGGAAUCUGCGAUGGGAAGUUGUUGGUUUGUUGUAUCAAGCAAGGAAACAACCAUUCAAUCAACAUCUUCGAACCACCAAACCCAUUUGAUAAGAACAAAAACAGGAACAAAAAGUAUGAUAUUCGGGAAAUAACCUUCAGCAGUGACCCUAUUUCGAUCUCGUUCUUGAGAACUCGUUUGUGUAUUGGAUGUACCAAAGGAUUUGAAAUUUUAUCGAUGGAAGAUGGCAAGAAAGAGCCGAUUUUGGACGAAGCUGAUCCAUCGCUUGACUUUGCCACGCAAAAGGAGAUUGUUAAUCCUCUUGCAAUCCACCGGUUGGGCAAGGACUUUUUGUUGUCAUACUCGGAAUUCUCGUUUCUUAUCAAUCGGAAUGGAUGGAGAACCAAGCAUGACUGGGGGAUUUUCUGGGAAGGAAACCCAACGAACAUUGCGUUGUUUUAUCCAUACUUGUUAUCAUUUGAAUCAAAUUUUAUUGAGAUUCGGGACCUAAAGACCACCUAUUUAAUACGGGCUUUGAUAGGAGAAAACAUUCGGUUUUUGCAUUCUAAUGAGCACGAGGCGAUGUACGCUUGUGAAGAAGGAGGAUACGACGUUAUUGUAUCAAUUGACUUUUUGAAUUUGAAACCCAAAGAAAAGUAAGUAAAAAUAUAUGCUUUGAUCGAAUAAAGUUGUAACAUACUUUUCAAAAACCGUUCCGGGGUUGGGCUUUCAUGAAUAUAGCAAUUUUUGAAAAGUUUACAGAAAUGGCUGCGAAAAAGUUUGGAGUCAUAUAUGUAUUUAGGAAAAAUAAAAAGGCGUAGUUAAUAAA